GGUGAAAUUGAUCUGUUAGAUAUAAUCUUUGCAAAUAUGAAUGUAUCUCAAGUUCAACGAAGUCAAAUUACACAAAUCAUUUCUAAGCCACUCAUUAUGCCACAUACUGUAUUAACAAGUAAUCGAUGUGCAGCAAUUCGAUGCUCCAAAUAUAGUGAACUAUGGGCAUUUAUUGAUCAGAAAAAAAGCUCUGCAGCAAACAAUAAUAAUGAAAUGUCAAUUGACAAAGAAAAUAAUCUAGAAAUCGCAAAUCUCCCAGUCACUAAACACAAAGGUAGAUCUGAGAAUAAACGGUACAAGUCUGCAGUAGAAAAAACACGUAGGCAACCAUAUGCAUGUCAUACAUGUG